AUGGGUGUCUACCGGGUUGAGGCAUCGCCCAACAACCGUGCUGGUUGCAUCAACAAAGAGUGUAAAGAUGCCGGAAUCAAGAUCAAAAAGGAGGAGUUCCGCUACGCGAUUCAGGUCACCAUCAAAGAGCACACAUCAUGGCAGUACAAGCACUGGGGCUGUGUCACACCCAAGCAGAUUGUCAACCUGAUUGAGACAUCUGGAGGCGACACAGACAUGGUCGAUGGCUACGACGAGCUUCCCGACGAGUUCCAGGAGAAAGUAAGAUUCGCCCUGGAGAACGGCCACGUACCCGAUGAGGACUGGAAUGGCGAUGUCGAGGCGAACCGGGAUGGUCGUAGCGGUAUGCGCCUCACCAAAGCCGAGCAGAAGAAGAAGGAGAAAGAGGCCGGCGAAGAUCUUGACGGCGGAGAGGAGCCCAAGAAGAAGCGCGGCAAGAAGGCCACAGCCGAGGAUGACGUGGAAGAAGAUGCACCACCGUCCAAGAAGAAGGGCGCGAAAGCCACGAAGGAAGAAGACGCCGAGGAUGCUCCUGCACCUAAGAAGCGCGGCCGUGCUGUCAAGAAGGAAGACGUUGAUGGAGACGAGGUCCCUGUAGCUAAGAAGCCGCGAGCCGCCCGCGGCAAGAAGGUGGAGUACAAAGAGGUGGAAGAGGAGGAUGAAGAUGAGGCUCCGCCCAAGAAGAAGAGCAAGAGCAGAACCAAAAAGGCUCCUGUCGACAGCGAGGAAGAGGUUGAUCCCGUGGAAGAGCCAGAGGAAGAUGACGAAAUCGAAGCAGAAUCUGAUGAGGAAGCUCCGAAGCCAAAGCGUGGUAAGAAGACCGCCGUUAAUAGCGGAGCCAAAGCGACCCAAAAGAGGGGCAGGAAAAAGGUCACCGGAGUCGAUGAGUAG